GGCGAGUUAGGAGCUGGACGUUUGGGAUACGAGCGCACCCCUUUUACCAAUGGAAUUGAUUGACGUUGUGGACCGGCCUAUGAAGGUCACUGAGUGGCAGUCUUACACCUACGACUCUGGCAUAAAUUCUGGCAUAAACACAGCAGUACCCUCUGUGAAUGGAAAAAUGUUAGAUGAUGAUGUUGGUUAUGCCAAGCAGUACACAACUGUGAAAACCACAACCUACACACAACAAGGGCAAGCACCAGAUAUGGAGUCCCAGCUCGCCAUGACCCGGGCUCAGCGUGUGCGGGCAGCUAUGUACCCAGAGACUGUGGAAGACAGGUCCUAUAUGCUGGCAACACAGAUAGAUGGCCAGCAGACUAAUGUCCAGAAAUUGGCAGAACCAUCACAAAUGCUGAAAUCAGCCAUAGUUCAUCUUAUAAACUAUCAGGAUGAUGCUGAGCUUGCUACGCGCGCUAUUCCUGAGCUGACAAAGCUUUUGAAUGACGAAGACCCAGUGGUAGUAAACAAAGCUUCCAUGAUAGUCAAUCAGCUUUCAAAAAAGGAGGCAUCUCGCCGUGCACUUAUGCAAUCACCACAAAUUGUGGCCGCUGUUGUGCGCACCAUGCAGAACACAAGUGACAUGGAGACCGCUCGGUGCACAACAAGCAUCCUGCACAACUUGUCUCACCAUAGAGAAGGUCUUCUCUCCAUUUUCAAGUCUGGUGGCAUCCCUGCUCUUGUGCGCAUGCUUAGUUCCCCUGUAGAAUCUGUGCUAUUUUAUGCAAUCACCACUCUACAUAACCUGCUCCUCUACCAGGAAGGUGCAAAAAUGGCUGUGCGUCUGGCAGAUGGCCUCCAGAAGAUGGUGCCUCUCCUCAACAAAAAUAACCCAAAAUUCCUAGCCAUUACCACAGACUGUCUGCAGCUUCUCGCCUAUGGCAACCAAGAAAGCAAGCUUAUUAUUCUGGCUAAUGGAGGACCACAAGCUCUUGUACAAAUCAUGAGGACCUACAACUAUGAGAAACUUCUGUGGACCACAAGCCGUGUUCUGAAAGUACUGUCUGUGUGUCCCAGCAACAAGCCAGCAAUUGUUGAAGCUGGUGGAAUGCAAGCAUUGGGGAAACAUCUCACCAGUUCCAGCCCAAGACUGGUGCAAAACUGCCUGUGGACGCUUAGGAACCUCUCUGAUGUUGCAACAAAACAAGAGGGCCUGGAUAAUGUGCUGAAGAUCCUGGUGAACCAGCUGAGCUCGGAUGAUGUGAAUGUUCUGACCUGUGCUACUGGCACUUUAUCCAACUUGACUUGCAACAACAGCCGCAACAAAACUCUGGUGACACAAAGUAAUGGGGUAGAGUCCCUUAUCCACACCAUACUGCGUGCCAGCGACAAAGAUGAUAUAGCUGAGCCAGCUGUCUGUGCCCUGCGCCACCUCACUAGCCGACACCCAGAUGCAGAGGUGGCUCAGAACUCUGUGCGACUUCACUAUGGCAUCCCUGCCAUUGUAAAACUGAUCAACCAACCCUUCCAGUGGCCACUGGUGAAGGCAACCAUUGGCUUGAUUAGAAACCUUGCCCUUUGCCCAGCCAAUCAUGCCCCCUUGCAUGAAGCUGGUGUCAUCACCCGACUGGUUCAUCUGUUGGUUAAAGCUCACCAGGAUGCCCAGAGGCACGCAGCUUCAGGAACACAGCAACCUUACACGGAUGGAGUGAAGAUGGAGGAGAUAGUUGAAGGAUGCACUGGAGCACUACACAUUCUGGCCAGAGACCCAGUGAACCGCAUGGAAAUAUACAGGCUUAACACAAUUCCAUUGUUUGUGCAGCUUUUGUAUUCCCCUGUGGAGAAUAUUCAGCGUGUAGCAGCUGGAGUACUAUGUGAACUUGCCCAGGACAAAGAGGCAGCAGAUACCAUAGAUGCUGAAGGAGCGUCUGCCCCACUGAUGGAGCUGUUGCAUUCCCGGAAUGAGGGCACAGCCACCUAUGCUGCUGCUGUUCUGUUCCGUAUUUCUGAGGACAAGAACCCAGACUACAGGAAGCGUGUAUCUGUAGAGCUUACAAAUGCUAUCUUCCGCCAGGACCCUGCAGCAUGGGAAGCGGCCCAAAGCAUGAUUCCACUUAGUGAUCCUUACGCAGAUGAUAUGGACAACUACCGAUCAAUGUAUACAGAAGAAAUUCCUCUGGAAAAUCUGGGAGAAGACAUGGACAUGGACUAUCCAGUGGAUGCUUACAGUGAUCAUGGAGGCCGUCAUCCCUAUUCUGAUAACAUGAUGGCUUAAAGGAUUUUGCACAAGUUAUUUACCACAGAAGAGUGAUUCACAACAGAAGUGCCUACAAUGAAAAUGUCCUCUCCAACUUAACAAUUUCCCUUUUUUAAAAUGCUUUUUAUUUGAUAGAAUUUUGCACAAUUUUUUUGUGUAGACCUAUCUGCUUUUGGGGCCCUGCUUUUUAGAAUGCUGUUUAUUUACCUCACCUACUGCAGCCUAGAGGUUAAUAAACUGUAUUUUCUUAUUUCUUUAAAAUCUUGAAAGCUUGUGUUCACUUAAAACCUUUUACUAUAUAUUAUAAAUAUAUAAAUAAUUUUUUUUAAAGAUUUUAAUAUGGUUCAAAAGGAUUAUAUUGUAAACAUUUUUCCCCUUUGUUUAAAUUUUCCAUUUUCACCCUCAUUAUGCUAGUGCACAACCAAAAUAUAUUUUAAGAAAAACACAGGGUUAUUUCAAAAUUAAAGAAGCAGUACACACAGGACAAAAAUUAACAUUUCUAGUUGAGAUACGCUAAAAAAAUAUCCUUUGCAUUGUAGUUCCUGUUAAAUAGCAGGACUAUAUUAGUACAUUUUUUAUUUUUCCUUAUCUUCAUGAUUUUACUAUCUUGACAAGAAGUGCUAAGGUCUUUAUUUUUAUUUUUGUACUAUUCUUAAAAAAGGGACUUGCAGUCACUGGUACUCCCCACACAUCAGUUAGUGAAACAGUACACUAGCCUUUCCUCUGUAGGGCAGUUUGAUAGAUGUAUGUAAUGUCUACAGGGGUGUUAUGAGACGUUUAAUUUUAUUACAGAAAAGGGCAAAAGGUUAAUUUUGUUAGAUGUCUUUUUAUUUUUGAGUAUUCUAUAUGUUGGGGGGGGGGGGGGUAAAAUGUCCCUUAUAUUGCCAAAGCACAGGCAGGGUAGAUACAAAUGUCAUCCUGGUAUCCAGGUCUUUUUACUUUUUUAAAACUGCAUUCUUCCGCCUCUCCCAUAUUCACCAGAUUCUUUAUAUUUAGUAUCUUAAUAUAUAUGUAAUGUAUAUGUAAUGCUGAGAAAAAAAUUAAAUAACCUAUUUGCUGUGUUCCUUUAUAUGAAGUGGCAUUUUUAAAACACAUAUGUACAUUUCCUCAAACAUGCAGAAUUUUUUUUUCCUUUAACUUUUUAGUUGUAUAUAAAAAAUAAACGAACGGUAUUGAUAUGUGUUGAUUUUGUUUUUGUGAGUACUGCUGCUUUAAAUACAUACUCUGAUUUUUUUUUUUUAAAUAUUUUCAUUAGCAAAACGUUUUGAUAUUCAUAACAUUUAACACAAACAACUUGUAUUUUCUCUUUACAUUUUUUUUUUGUCUUCUGCUGAUCUGCUCCUAUCUGUCCUAGAAAUAUAUGUAUAUGAUGUAGAGUUCUAAAGAUUAAAGGGGGUUUUUUUGUAUACAUUUACCUACAUAUUCUCUUACCAUUUUUAAAAUGAUUGAAGUGUAAGCAGGCAAGAAUAGGCCAUAAUUAAAAUAUUUUUAAUCCUCAGGUCCUGCUUAAAAGCACACAUCAAAAUUUUGAAUCCCCCCCCCCCCCCCAAAUAAAAACUGACUCUUUACAGAAAGCUUUAUAAACUAUGCUGCCAAUGAAGUAACGCCCAUUAAAAGCCUUGGAAGUUUGCUAAUGCAGUGAUGGUUUUUAUGUAAAUAUGUUUCCAAUUAACUUUUUUAUUUUUUUCAUUUCUGUAACCUUAAGCUGCCUAUUGUUUAUAUCCAUAUUCCAAUUUUAAAUUUGUUAAAGUAGCUCUACAUCAUUGUUGAAAGGUUGUUUUUUUUUUUGUUUUUUUUAUAAUUUUUUUUUUUUAGUAGUAGUAAAAACAGCCAAUAAUAUAAAAAUAAAAAUAACUAAAAUUC